ACCACCUUCGUGCACUUCCUCGCGCCCACGCCCCACGUGCCCUACAUCAGACAUGUGGUGCGCACCCCGGAUGGUGGCACCCUUGGCCUCGACUGGGCAGAGCCUGCAGCAUCAGCUCCUAAGGGAGAAGGGCAAGGAAAGGGUGCAGCGGCGGCAGGAGAAGGCGGACAGGCGAAGGUGUCGGGAGGGAGGGCAGAGCGCACGUCGCAGGUGCCGAUUGUGAUCGUGGUGCCGGGGCUUACCAGCCAGUCCAGUGAUAAGUACAUGCGGCAGUGUGUGGCGGGCGUCACACGGCAUGGGUGGCGAGCCUUGGUGCCCAACCAUCGAGGCCUGGGAGGCGUCACCAUCACUUCGAACCGCUUCUACAAUGCGGGGUGGACCACGGACCUGCGCUUUGUCAUCAGCCUCGUGCAGCAGGACUACCCCCACGCGCCCCUCUAUGCCAUCGGCACGUCCUUGGGGGCGAACAUCUUGGUGAAGUACCUCGGGGAGGAGGGUGCAUCGGGGCCCAUCCAAGCUGCUGUCUCCAUCGGCAAUCCCUGGGACCUGCUGAUCUGUGAUCGCUGGAUGAAUCGGCGCACGAGGCAGCGCGUGUACAACACCGCCAUGGUCACGGGCCUCAGGGACUUUGCCAAGCUUCACAAGGAUAGCUUUCGGCACCUUGUGGACGUGCAGCACGUCAUGAAGGCGCGCACUAUCCGCCAGUUUGACGAUCGCAUCACACGCAUCGUCAGCAACUACGAGACUGUUGACACGUACUACCGUCGCUGCGGCUCGGCCCAGUUUCUCCCCGAGGUGGCGGUGCCGUUGCUGGCAGUGAGCGCACUGGACGACCCCAUCUGCACCAGAGAGGCCAUUCCCUGGGACGAGGCCAAAGCCAACCCAAACGUGGUGCUGGCAGUGUCACACCACGGGGGCCAUCUUGCGUACCUGCAGGGGCUCACUGCCUCCAGCAUAUGGUGGGCCCCUUUGCAACAAGGGCGGGCCAACCUCCACCUCCACCUCGUCUCCAACCUCCAGCUCGUCUCCAACCUCCAGCUCGUCUCCAACCUCCAGCUCGUCUCCAACCUCCAGCUCGUCUCCAACCUCCAGCUCGUCUCCAACCUCCAGCUCGUCUCCAACCUCCAGCUCGUCUCCAACCUCCAGCUCGUCUCCAACCUCCAGCUCGUCUCCAACCUCCAGCUCGUCUCCAACCUCCAGCUCGUCUCCAACCUCCAGCUCGUCUCCAACCUCCAGCUCGUCUCCAACCUCCAGCUCGUCUCCAACCUCCAGCUCGUCUCCAACCUCCAGCUCGUCUCCAACCUCCAGCUCGUCUCCAACCUCCAGCUCGUCUCCAACCUCCAGCUCGUCUCCAACCUCCAGCUCGUCUCCAACCUCCAGCUCGUCUCCAACCUCCAGCUCGUCUCCAACCUCCAGCUCGUCUCCAACCUCCAGCUCGUCUCCAACCUCCAGCUCGUCUCCAACCUCCAGCUCGUCUCCAACCUCCAGCUCGUCUCCAACCUCCAGCUCGUCUCCAACCUCCAGCUCGUCUCCAACCUCCAGCUCGUCUCCAACCUCCAGCUCGUCUCCAACCUCCAGCUCGUCUCCAACCUCCAGCUCGUCUCCAACCUCCAGCUCGUCUCCAACCUCCAGCUCGUCUCCAACCUCCAGCUCGUCUCCAACCUCCAGCUCGUCUCCAACCUCCAGCUCGUCUCCAACCUCCAGCUCGUCUCCAACCUCCAGCUCGUCUCCAACCUCCAGCUCGUCUCCAACCUCCAGCUCGUCUCCAACCUCCAGCUCGUCUCCAACCUCCAGCUCGUCUCCAACCUCCAGCUCGUCUCCAACCUCCAGCUCGUCUCCAACCUCCAGCUCGUCUCCAACCUCCAGCUCGUCUCCAACCUCCAGCUCGUCUCCAACCUCCAGCUCGUCUCCAACCUCCAGCUCGUCUCCAACCUCCAGCUCGUCUCCAACCUCCAGCUCGUCUCCAACCUCCAGCUCGUCUCCAACCUCCAGCUCGUCUCCAACCUCCAGCUCGUCUCCAACCUCCAGCUCGUCUCCAACCUCCAGCUCGUCUCCAACCUCCAGCUCGUCUCCAACCUCCAGCUCGUCUCCAACCUCCAGCUCGUCUCCAACCUCCAGCUCGUCUCCAACCUCCAGCUCGUCUCCAACCUCCAGCUCGUCUCCAACCUCCAGCUCGUCUCCAACCUCCAGCUCGUCUCCAACCUCCAGCUCGUCUCCAACCUCCAGCUCGUCUCCAACCUCCAGCUCGUCUCCGACCUCCAGCUCGUCUCCGACCUCCAGCUCGUCUCCGACCUCCAGCUCGUCUCCGACCUCCAGCUCGUCUCCGACCUCCAGCUCGUCUCCGACCUCCAGCUCGUCUCCGACCUCCAGCUCGUCUCCGACCUCCAGCUCGUCUCCGACCUCCAGCUCGUCUCCGACCUCCAGCUCGUCUCCGACCUCCAGCUCGUCUCCGACCUCCAGCUCGUCUCCGACCUCCAGCUCGUCUCCGACCUCCAGCUCGUCUCCGACCUCCAGCUCGUCUCCGACCUCCAGCUCGUCUCCGACCUCCAGCUCGUCUCCGACCUCCAGCUCGUCUCCGACCUCCAGCUCGUCUCCGACCUCCAGCUCGUCUCCGACCUCCAGCUCGUCUCCGACCUCCAGCUCGUCUCCGACCUCCAGCUCGUCUCCGACCUCCAGCUCGUCUCCGACCUCCAGCUCGUCUCCGACCUCCAGCUCGUCUCCGACCUCCAGCUCGUCUCCGACCUCCAGCUCGUCUCCGACCUCCAGCUCGUCUCCGACCUCCAGCUCGUCUCCGACCUCCAGCUCGUCUCCGACCUCCAGCUCGUCUCCGACCUCCAGCUCGUCUCCGACCUCCAGCUCGUCUCCGACCUCCAGCUCGUCUCCGACCUCCAGCUCGUCUCCGACCUCCAGCUCGUCUCCGACCUCCAGCUCGUCUCCGACCUCCAGCUCGUCUCCGACCUCCAGCUCGUCUCCGACCUCCAGCUCGUCUCCGACCUCCAGCUCGUCUCCGACCUCCAGCUCGUCUCCGACCUCCACCUCGUCUCCGACCUCCAGCUCGUCUCCGACCUCCACCUCGUCUCCGACCUCCAGCUCGUCUCCGACCUCCACCUCGUCUCCGACCUCCACCUCGUCUCCGACCUCCACCUCGUCUCCGACCUCCACCUCGUCUCCGACCUCCACCUCGUCUCCGACCUCCACCUCGUCUCCGACCUCCACCUCGUCUCCGACCUCCAGCUCGUCUCCGACCUCCAGCUCGUCUCCGACCUCCAGCUCGUCUCCGACCUCCAGCUCGUCUCCAACCUCCAGCUCGUCUCCAACCUCCAGCUCGUCUCCAACCUCCAGCUCGUCUCCAACCUCCAGCUCGUCUCCAACCUCCACCUCGUCUCCAACCUCCAGCUCGUCUCCAACCUCCACCUCGUCUCCAACCUCCGUCACUCCAGCUGGCUCGAGCAAUCAGCCUGCAGAACACAAAACAUGCACAUACACACGCACGCUCACGAAGCAAAAGCAGCGACAUCCAGAGUGUUCUCCCGCCUCUCCCAUUACACCCUCCCUCCCCCGGUGCCAGCUCCUUUGACCUUUCGGCUGCCUUGUCCCCCGCCCUUACCUCUCCUCGACUCUCCUUUCCUUGGUAGAAGUCUCCUCUCUGCUAUAUACAAAUAUACCUUGGCAUACACACACUUGGAACUCAAAUUUCCUUCUCAAAUUUCCUUCUCAAAUUUCCUUCUCCUUCCCCCUCUCUUGUCCCCCCUCUCUCCUCCUCCUCUCAUUCUUCCUCAUCUCAUCCUCCCCCCUCUCACUCUUCCCCCUCUCACUCUUCCCCCGCAUUCUCUCCCCUUUCGUUCUUCCCUCUCCAAUCCUUCUGAAUCUCAGAUUCUCCCCUUCGCCUGCCACUGGGAGCAAGCAUUGCUGAAUCCCUCUUACUCCCUCCCUCCUUUUGAGGCGCCUCAAAAGUCUUACUCCCUCCCUCCUCCCCUUUUUGCCCCCCCUGCCCUCAACCCCCCAGGGGGAGCAGCGGGAGUAAGGGGAGGUGGGGAAGAAGCGGCAGCAGGGAGGGCAGGAGCAGGGGGGCCUGCCGUGGUGCAGCUGCGGUUUGAGAGUGAGGAGCAGCUGAGGGUGGCUGCGGUGGUGGUGCGCGAGCUGAUGAGCAAGAUCCAGCGAUGCCUCGAAGCAUCACCACCAGCUCUUCAAUUGCCCCUCUCCGCGCGCCGAUCCACCGCACCCAUGCGUCAACACAAGUCUGAGGACUCUGAUCCAGCAGCAGCGACCCACCAGCACAAUUCCAACCAAGAGCAACCAAGCCACCUCCCACACCACCACCUGCACUUGCCCCACCACCCCCCCGCCUCCCCCUCUCACGCACCCUCCACCGACCUCUUUGCAGCUGCAGCCUCCCCCGGAUGGGCAGGUGCAACCUCCCCCAAAUGGCACCUGGCCUAUCUCGCCCUUGCUGUCGCCUGCCCUCUGGUUGCCAGUGCUGUUGCGCUUCGGCUGUACCGCCACCGAGCCGCAGCAGGAGGCUCGGGGAGCUUGGGCUUGGCUCGGCUGGCGUCGGCUUUGGGAAAACUGUAG